AUGCCUCGCACAGCGCCCUCCUGCACGCCCUUCCGCCUGCUCGCGAUCGCCGCGCUCUCGCUGCUGCACCUCCGCCUCUUCCUCGCGCGCUACUUCCCCCAGCCCCCCGCGCCCUUCCGCGACUGCCCCGACACCGCCUCCGACGUCUCCGCCUUGCGCUCGGCGUUCCGCAAAUGCCAGGGGGAGCUCGUGCACCGGCGCGUGGCUGCGCGGAGUGCUUAUAACGAUGCCUCGGCGGGCGGGGGGGAUCUCGAUGAGCGCUGGCUCGCCGAGAGCGCAGUCGCCGCCGUGCAUCACGGCGCUGGGGGCGGCGGGGAGGGCGGCGCAGAUUCUGUUUCCGCGGAAUACGCGCGGAGGCGGGACGCGCAUCUGACGCGCUUGCAGGCGGACAGGCUGAGCGAGUGCGCCGCAUCCGACGCGGAGCUGAAGCAAUUCCUGCGCUUCCAUCCGCACGCCACGUGUCCCGAUGACUGGGAGCUAGCCCACCGCCUCCGCUUCACCGACCAUUGCUACGUCAUCCCUCCCCGCGCGUGCCUUUCCCCCACCCCCCCUGACCCCGUGGAGCCCCCGUUGCAUCCGGAGGCGCUCUGGACGCCGCUAGACGGGCGCAGCGUGCGGUGGGAGCGCUACGACUGCGCUGACGUGGCAUGCAUCGAACGCAAGCUGGCAGCAUUUGCUGCAGGCGCUGCUGCGGACGCUGCAGCUGUAGAGGCUGUAGCGCGAGCGGUCAACUCGAGCCUGGACCCAUUUCCUUGGGAGCGGCGCGAGGGGGAGAGCAAGCAGGAUGAGCGGGGGAGGGGGAGGAGCGGGCGGGCAGGCGGAGAGAAUGGGGGGGUAAGGGAGGGAGACGCGGCGAGUGGCUGCAGCAGGGAUGGAUGGGCGGGUGGGGCCGCGUGCUUCCAGUUCACGCGCCCCUCCGCCAGCAGCGCGAGCGGCGGCAGCGGCGGUGGCCGUGGCCGUGGCAGUGGCAGUGGCAGUGGUAGUGUUAGUGGUAGGAGCGGGCGCAGCAGUCCCAUGACUCAUGCUGCGAGUGGCAAUACGGAGGAGGCAAGUGCAAGAGAGAUGUUCCACAUUCGCGACCUCAUGCACCUCAAGGGGGGUGCUGUGAGGUUGGGGCUGGACCUGGGCGGCGGAACCGGGCAGUUUGCCGCCCAGAUGGCACUGCACAAUGUGACCAUCCUCACUGUUCAGUCCAACCUGAUUGGCUACCCUGAUGCCUCGAAAUUGCCUUCAGGCCAAACUGUCGGCGUCGACGCUCUGCCGCCCAGGGACUUCCACCUCGCGCUCUUUGACUGGGACCGUUUGCUGAGGCCGGGCGGCAUUCUUUGGCUGGAAGCGAUAGAGCACAGUGCGGAUGCAAUGCCGCUGUAUGAGGCGGCUCUAGAGCGGCUGGCAUAUCGUGUUGUAUUCGUGAGGAAGCUGGAUGCGGUGGUGGGAGGGGUGCUGCACAGGCAUGUGCAGCGAUUGUGGUUCCUUGCAAUGCCGCUAGAUCGAUCGUUCGCCAGUGCCUCUCAAAAGCCAGUUCCCGGUUCGACCUUUUCCCGCCCGCAGCCCGCCAUGCUCCUUCAACAGCUAUCGCGCGACCCCGCGCAGCGGGAGGAGCAGCUCGGCGUUUUGCUCCAAGACAGCCCAGCGGGCUCCACCCUACCCGCCUGGCUCCUCGCACACACCAACCCCGCCGCCGCGGUCGCCGCUGGCGCGUUACGCGCUAGACCAGCUGCCGACUGCGCAUACCCGGAUGCGCCACACUCAAAUGACAAUCACGACGCCCAGGUGCUGUUCCGACCGACCGCCAUCCGCGCUCCUCCCAACAGCGGCGCGGACGAGGCUCGGUCGGAUGAGCCUGCGCUUCGAGGGGAUGUUCCCGCGCUCGCGAAGAAGAGGAGGUUUGCGCAAGUGGCGGCGGAGGACGAGGAGGUGAACAGCAGCCACCGCAAGUCGCCGCUUUGCUCACCUCCUCGGCCACCCUCGAAACGACCUGCGCUCGCCGAAGCCGCAGCUCCCGUAGCGUCAAGAAUUCCGCCAAACGAGGAAUCCUCGAGGGCUCAAGGAGUUUCACCGAGCGCGCUACAGCCUGACGCUACACUCAGCCUGGCGGAGCGACUCUCCCGCUACGACCAGCUAACGGCGUCCCUCCGUUCCUCCCUUCCGCAUGGCAACCUGAGCAAGUGGGACGUGGCGGUGGGGCGGCUGCGGGAGCGCGUGGCGCAAAAGCCGGAGUUUGGAAGCAACGUGAACCAGUUCCUCGUGUUCCUGCACAGCCAGCUGCGCGGAUCGCAACAGCCCUCCGCGCGCGCCGCUCUGCACCAGUUCGCCGCGCUCAUGCGCGCCAGGUGCCAGCAGAAGCAGCAGCGAGCGGAAGGUGGUAACCAGAGCGUGGUUGGGGACAGCGGGAGCGCUGGGGGCUUGGGUGACUUGCAUGUUGCCGCGGAGGGGCUUGGUGCUGUGGAAUGCGAUAGGGGAAGUGUGGCAGAGAGGAAAGUGGAACUCCAGUGGCUUCUCCGAUAG